AUGGAUCUCACCACUGAGGAAACUCGGGGUUACCAUGGCAACAGCUUUGCCUUCAGCAUCCUCAGCGGCCAGGGUCGUCUCCGCGGCGACGAGCGUGAGGUGCUGGCCCUCAACGUGCUGUUGCUAGGCGACAGGCAGAGUGGGAGGAGCUCUGUGGGGAACGCCCUGAUUGGCCGCCACGACUUCCAGACCGCCACCUGCGUUUCUGGCGUUUCCACGACGACGGCUUGUCGGCUCCUCAGCGGAACGUUCCGGGCGUUUUUCCGCAGGAAGGGGGCGGAGACUGACCUGACGCUCCGGGUGUUGGACACGCCCCCUCUGCCCUGCCCACCCGCCACCAGCAUGCACGUGCUCUGCCCCGAGGGCGUGCACGAGCUCUGCCUCGAGGGCGUGCACGUGCUGGCGCUCGUGGUGAGAGCCGACCUGCCGUACGAAAACACACAUGUGUGUGUGCACAUACAGACUCUCUUCGGUCCAGAAUGGCGCCGACACGCCAUCCUCGUCCUCACGCACACCAACCACCUGAGGGAGGCGGGGCUUCGGCCGUCACUCUACCUGAGCCAGGCCUCUGAUUCGCUGAGAGCUCUGGCUGCCACGGUCGGGGGCGGGGUCUCCUUCCUGGAUGACAGCUCUGAUUGGCCAGCGACUCAAGGACGAGCACUGAGAGACGCGGUGCUCCGCCUCUCGGCCAGAAACCACCACCUGGCUCUGAGCGUGCGGACGGGACGGGACACGAGCGGAGCUGCAGAGUGA